UGCAGUCAGCAACAAGACAACAUGGAGGUCAGAGCUCAUGGCAUCAGACUGUUGAUGAAUAUGCUGUUACUAUUGAUGACAACAAUCAACUUUGGUGAUUUUCAAAGACAUGAUUCAGCUUUUCCUCAGGUUGUUCCAAAUAGACAGCAGUUCUUUGAACUAGAGUCAAUUUCUAUUAGCUGUGAAGGACUGAAUGGACUGACUGGAUGGAGGGUGAUGAAAAAGACAAAGGGACAUGUUAGACCAUGUGCUUCUACCUGGGAUACAUCUACUGGACCUUGCAGUAUUAUUAAUGCUUAUCCAUCAAGUGACAGUGGAGAAUACUGGUGUGAAAAUGGAGGAAUACAAAGAAGCGACACUGUCAACAUCACUGUAACUGGUGGUCCUGUGAUCCUGGACAGUCCUGUGAAUCCUGUAACGGAGGGAGAUAAGAUGAUCUUACACUGUAGAAAAGAGGACAAAAAUUCUAACUUCACUGCUGAUUUCUAUAAAAGUGGCAUCUCCAUUGGCCAUAGUCCAACAGGAAACAUGAUGAACCCCUCUGUUUCCAAAUCUGAUGAAGGAGUCUACAAAUGUAGCAUCUCUGAUACUGGAGAAUCAGCAGAGAGCUGGCUCAUUGUUAGAAGUCUGGGAACUCGUGCUCAAACUGAAGAGAGUUACUUUCACGUAUACCUUGGGGUCGGUGUUUCUAUGAUGGUUCUACUGCUGCUACUGGCUGGCCUCUUUUAUUGGCUGAAAUAUCAACACAACAUCCAUGGUCACACUGAAGAAAUGCCACUGGCGCAAAGUAAGCAGGCCAGUGAGGUGGAGUCAACCCAGGCGACAUAUGCUGUUAUCACAAAACCAAGAAUGAUGAAAGAAUCAAGAGCAGCCAGCUGGUCAGCGUGUUCUCUGGAGCGACCAGCCGAUUUGUAGGAGAAGAGGACGUGGAUUGCUUUGAUUCUACAGUCUAAAGACACAAAUGAGGAAAAUACUUAUAUGACAUUUGCAUUCCGCUAUGAAAAUUAAAGUAGAAAGAAAGGUAACAUUUAGAUAACAUUUUAAAAGUUUCAUAUAAUGCUGGGGAUUUAAUUUUUGUAUAAGAUACUCAUUUCUGUUUUAAAAAUUGCUGAGUUUGGAAAUCCUAUAUGAUAAAAAUAUACUUUUAUUCAUUAACAUAGUCACUAAUAAACUAUUAUCAGUAUUAUUAUUAUUAUUAUUAUUAUUAUUAUUAUUAUUAUUAUUAUUAUUAUUAUUAUCAUUAUUAUUAUUAUAUUAGGGCUUCCACAGUUAUCAUGGUUUGGAGAUUUUAGGGAUGAUUAGAGUUUUUCGUACUUUUGAUUGUCAUUGUCUCCUGUCACUAUGUUUUGUCCUGCCUCUUCAUCUUUGAUUGGUUUCAGCUGUCCUCCCACCUGAUGACUGUUAAUUGUCAUCAUGUGUCUAUAUAUUAACUCAGUCCCGUCUCAUCCUUUGUUGUGUUCUCCCUUAUAGCUUUGCUCCUUACAGUUUUGUAAAAAAAUUUAGUAAAAAAUAAUCCAUAAUUUUGUUUAUUGUGUGUUAUUAUUUUGGCAAAUGAAGUAAACUAGUGGACAUAGAAGGAAUAUCCAAACAUAGCUGUACAAAUCAAUGGAACUAGAACAAUUAGAUAGUAAUGUGUUAUUGUAUCCUAUAACACAAUAUUAAAAUAUCAUUUUAAAAUAUUACAUUAAUACACAGUUGUUGUCCCAAUGAGAAAAUAACUAAUUAAAAAUAAAGUCAUAAGUUUCAAUCUACAGAAUGUGCUCCUACAUUGAGAAACAUGGCUUUCAGAAAUUUCAAACUUAAAAUGUCUUCCUAUAGUUAUUAUAUAAAGCAAAAUCAAAUCAUUUAAGUUGUUGUAUAAUAUGCACUUUUUGUUUUUGUCCAUUGUGACUUUUUACUUUCUUUUUUUUCUUUUUAAAUAUUAUAUGGACCAACUUCAAGUAAAGCUUUCAGCAUUUCUGUGACCUGCUUUUUCUUUGUUCUUCCGUUACAUCAUCAUAUAACAUAAGUAUUCAAGCUGUCUAAUGUGUUGACUGUCGGUCAUCAUUCAUUCUCCUCACUCUGGUAUACAGCUAACUUCCAGAUUAAAAAGUCUGGAGAGGUGAUUAAGAUCAAUUAGUGUAACUAUUCAUUUUCAUAUCAUUAAUUUUAUAAUGAAAUAUAAAGUGUUGUUUCAGCUUACCUGUUUCAUACAGUCACCUCAUUUUAAACAUUUGAAAUGAUUGUUUUUAA